GAAAUUUGGAUAUAAACAAAUAGUAAUAUAUUUUAUUUAAUGAAGAAUAAAAGCGAAAAAAGAUGCGAACUCAGACGGUGAUGACACAGUGGUGCACAAGAGCAGCGUUUGGGCACAUGAGGAUGAGCACCGCCAACGAAGACCUCGACGCUAUUUUCAAACAGAAGCGCUUACUCCGAACGCAGGUCCGAAAGACCCUCAAAGCCAUCGAUCCCUCUCUCAGAUCUCACCAAGAAAACGCCGUUCAAGACGUUGUUUUGGGAGCGCCGUGGUUCAAAUCCGCUCGCAGAUUGUGCGCCUACAUAAGCUGCGCCGCUCUACGCGAAGUCGACACGUACAAACUCCUGUCGCACAUUUUGCAGCAUGAUAAUGACGCUACUGGUGGGAAAAGAGUUUAUGUGCCACGCGUGGAGGAUAAGAACAGCCACAUGCGUAUGCUCCACAUUUCGCGGAUCGAUGAUCUUAUUGCCAACUCUAUGGACAUCUUAGAACCAGCUCCGGUUGAUGCUGAUGGAAAUCCGCGUGAAGAUGUUAUGCAGGCGAAUGAUCCAGUUGAUUUGUUCAUUUUACCUGGACUGGCGUUUGACAGAUCUGGAAGACGUUUAGGUCGUGGUGGAGGUUACUAUGAUACCUUCCUGAAGAAUUACCAAGACCUUGCAAAGACACGGAAUUGGAAGCAACCCUUAUUGGUUGCACUGUCAUACUCCGAACAAAUACUGGAUGAAGGAGUAAUACCUAUGACUUCAUCUGAUUUUCCAGUUGAUGCUCUUGUAUCUCCAGAAGGUGUGAUUCCGAUCAGUACAGCUGCCUUAAACAGAUUCUAGAGACGAGUGGACGUUCCCCUUUAGGCUCAAAUUUUAAAAACCAUUUGUAUUCAAUCCUCAACCUGAACUGUUCCUCUCUUAACCCCGCUCACCUUGCCCUACCUCAACCUUGCCACUUUUGAUUUGUUUUUUUGUUUAUGAUUAAUGGACUGGUCUUGUGGAUGGAUGUUUAAUUUAAUUGUUUUCUGAUUUGUUUUAUGGUUUAUGAAUGUUCUUGAGGAUUUAUGGACUGUUCUUGUGGAUGCAUGUUGGAUUACCCAGUGCUUGUUCUUCUGAUAAUCUUCUGUUUUUUUCCCUCUUUCUGGUUGAUGGGUCUACCAAGUCUAAAACAUUGUUAUAUUAUAAACAACUGUAUCUUAUAUAAGAUACAAUGCUUAAAAUUAAGCAACUCACCAUGCCACCUAGAUUCUCCCUGAUGGGGGAAAAAUUGAAGAUACAGUUGCAUGAGUUUAAGAUACAACCAUUGUGGAUGCUCUAGGAGCGUUGGUCUAAACACCUUUCAUUUUUUGCUAUGUUGAAUUCUAUCAAUUUGAGUCAUUUUAACUAAGUGAACAAUUCCAGAAUGGAUGUCUGACACUGGACUUUCAAAGCUGAUCCUUAUACUUUCAAUACUGCAUCUUCAAUAAAAUUUUGUGGUUUCUUAAGUGUCGGCACCAGAUAUUUGGAUCUGCGGUUUUGUGCAACAAUUAAAGGGUAACCAAUUGAUCAAGUGACACUGGACUGCCCUGAAUGAUUGGCAUCCAUCCUUAUUGGAAGUUUCAAUACACUGGACUGCCCUGUAAUGUUUGAACUAUGAAGUUUGAAGUUAACUUUCUUAAAGCACUCGUGUUUCAGCAGCAGUGGCUAUGCUUUAACUUAUUGUAUUGUUAAUUAUAGUGUUUAUUGGGCUAGCGAUAUUUCCCAAACUUUCUUGUUUCUUGGUUCUUGGUUCAAAACCUCGAAUAUCUUGCAUGCCCGAAGAGUCCCAUCAUCCCUUGAUGAAAGGGCAUAGGGAGUUAAAUGCCAUUUCAGAGCUAGUUAUUCAAAAAAAAAAAAAAUUGGACCAUUUAAUAGGUGUGAUGUCUAAUUUGUUGUGCGGAAAUUGGAAAUUGAGCUUGAUUGGAGUUGACCAACGAUUCACUAGCAAAUGAGUCGAAUAUUGUUUGGAAAAGGUUUGUUUGUCUUGUAUUAUUUGGUUAGAAUGUGACAAGUUAUCCGUACUGUGGUGGGAAACUUUUCCAUGCUAUAACCGUGAAUCAUUUUUUUUUCUUAA